UUCUUGCUGAACACCCCUGCAUACCACGGCCUUUUGGACUCGACGUCGGUAAACACCAGCGAGGGCAAACAAGUUACGCAAGCAAGUUGACACGGGUGGAAAUCUAGAUCACACACAGCUAGAAGACUUACGGCUUGAAGAUGAUGCUGCUAUCCGUUUUAGUUGUUAUGGUGUCUGGCGUUAGCGCCUUCAGACAGUUGGAGUGGAAUUCUCUUGACAGUCUCCCACUCAAGUUUAUUCCCCAUGACAACCAACCACUGACAAAGAAAUUGGAUCUUUGCAAUGGACUGGGUUCUCCAGAUUAUUCCGUUGUGUAUACAAAUAAAACUGGGAAUUAUGAGGUGCGCCAGUAUCCUGAAUCCCACUGGGUGACAACAUACAGUACUGGCAUUGAGUAUGAUAAGGCUAGCAGGUCCAACUUUAGGAAGCUUUUCAAUUACAUUGACGGCAAAAAUGUGAAAGAUGAGAAGGUGACAAUGACCUGCCCAGUUAUCGUGUUGGUCACUCCAGGCCCAGGGCCAACAUGCACGUCUAACUUCAGCAUGUCCUUCUUCGUGGACCCUGCUGCAAAAGCUCCUCCCGCAUCUGGUGAUAAAAACAUCCAGUUCACCACCAUACCUGCAGUAAAGGUUUACGUAAGAGACUUCCCAGGAUUUGCAAACUACGAAAAGUACAGAGAGGAAGGACUGUCCCUCAUGUCUGCCAUUGGUGACACAUCUCUUUACCAUACCGAAUUUUACUACACUGCAGGAUACGACAGUCCCUUCAAACUGUUCAACCGUCACAACGAGGUCUGGUUCGUGGCUAAGUGAUCACUACCGCACAACAAAAUUUGAUUCAUGGACACUUGAACAACUGUAACAGUAUCUAGUUCAUGGCCAUAUGAACAACUACGUCAAAUAAUUCAUGUCUGCUUCAUAGCCUUAACAUAGUGAAUGGCUAAAUGAAGGGAAAACAACUUAGUACUUUUGCUCUUUCAAUGAUUUAAGAUUGAAAUCCCUAACAUUAAAAUCCAGUUUUAUAAAAAAAAAAAAAAAAAAAAAAAAAAAAUUCCUUUUUCUAUUCAUUUAUGUGACAUACUCUGCAACAGAGUCUGCAUUUUGAAUUGAUAUUACCUCCUGGAGAUAGAUCUGAUAUACUUUGAAUGAUUGUACAUGUAUUUCUAAUCUCAAAUGUUAAACAGAGGCCUCUUGUACAUAUUUGGAAUUUGAAUAUCCAGAAGAUUCAUUUAACGCAUGCUGUGUUACUUAAGAAAAGUUUGUUUUUUUAAAUCAUGAAUUUAUUUUGGUAACAAAAAUAAGAUCCAUUUUUUGGUUUAAAGAGGAAGAAUUUGAUAAUGCUUUUAUACUGCUAUCUAAGUUCAUAUAGUACAUUUAUUCAUUACCUGUAUCAAAGGCAUCAUCACUGUCGUAGAAAAGCUUGAAACAUCAACAUUGUCAUAGAAAAGCUUGAAAUUUCAUCACCGUCACAGAAAAGCCUGAAAUGUAAUGCAAUAAGAUGGAUAUUAAAACUCAAAUAGCCAUUUCGGUCACAUGAUUCAAGCCGUCAAUAUUAGUGUCCAUUAGAGACUCCUAAAUUACUGCUAGUGUAUUGUUGAUCAUAUUUCAUGAAUACUGACACCUUUCAGAGGUUUUGAAAGGUUUCAAUAUAAAUGGAUUGAAAUCUUUGAGAAAAGCACUGUAGUUAGUUUACAAUAUUUAGGCUUAAAUUGAUACAUAUUUUGUUCAUCAAUACGACAAUACCAUCACACAAUUGGCCUAAAAUGUACUCUGAAAAAAUACAAAUGCCCAUAAUUUGUUUUUGUUUUCAAUAUCUAAAAUUUAAAAAGUUGAUGUCUUGUGAUCUUAGAGGAUGUUUGAACUUGCCAACAUCAAAUGUUGGUGAAUGAUGUAAAGAGGGACCAGUAAUGUCAAGUCGGUGUGCGACACAUAGAGAGGGACUGAAAUGGUUUAAAAGUGUACGUUCUUUGUGAUGUUUUACUUUUACAUUUGUAUGUACCACUAUGAUAUAAAAAUUGUUUGUUCUUUCAAUAUUGGCAAAAAAACACAACAUGUUUGUAAAAUUAAAUUGAUGUAUUUAUAUAUAUUUCUCAUACCAGGUAAGAAAGGGUUGAUGAAGGCAUGUCCAUUGCCCAACCUUUUGUAUGUUUAUUUUAUGAACUUUUAAAAUCAAAAUCAACACAAAGAGGGACAGGUUACAUUGACCUUGAGAUGUAUAAAUGAGAAAAUACUGAAAUCAGUUUCAAAAUUCUAACUUGAUAUUUUACUUUUCAUUUGUGUGUACUAAGUAAACAAGAUCAGUCCGUGAUUAAAUUGAGACAAUUCCUUAAGUACAUGUAUUGUCAUUGGAAAGCUUAAAUUUCUAAUACAAUAUGCUCUUUAUUUAAGGUUAUAACUUGAUGUAAUUAGUGGUUGAAAAGUUGGUCAUCAGAAUUUUCUCGGAGAAGACCUGAUAAGUCUCAAACUGGUAUAAUCAAGUUAUAUUUAUAUACUGAUCUGAAAUUAUAUUUGUGCAUAAUUUUUA